GGAAAUUUGGUGAAGGAAAGUGCUCAGGAGACGCAGCGAUGUCUCGGACAGACGAUCGAUGUCUCGAAUGCUUACAGCGGACGUAACCUUGGAUCUCGCGUGUGUUUUGAGUCCGAUUUUCUGACUGCGACGUUUUGGAGGGAUUUGCGUGCUGUGAACCGCGUCUUCUGAGGGGGGAACUGGCAACAUGCUAGCCACGGUGACUGCUGUGGUUACAUUGGCUCAGUACAAUGACACAGUGUCGCCUACACCUCUGGAGAACACAUCUGUAUUCCCAACUGAAGGUCAAGCCAACAUCACCAAGCCCCACAAAUGUCUACAAGUCCUAUAUGAAGAUAUCGGAGGCUCCAGGGUGCGCUUCUGGGACAUCCUGCUGCUAGUGCCAAAUGUGGCCUUUUUCAUAUUCUUGAUGUGGAAACUUCCUUCGGCGAGGGCAAAAAUUCGACUCACUUCCAGCCCUAUUUUUGUCACCUUCUACUUGCUGGUCUUUGUUGUCGCAGCAGUUGGAAUCACUCGCGCUAUUGUUUCCAUGACUGUCAGCGCAUCCAGUGCAGCCACCAUUGUGGACAAAGUGCUGUGGGAAAUCACCCGCUUCUUCCUGCUUGCUAUUGAGCUCAGCGUCAUCAUCCUGGGACUCGCCUUUGGUCACUUGGAGAGCAAGUCUAGCAUAAAGCGUGUGCUGGCUAUUACUGCAGUGUUGGCAUUGGCAUACUCUAGUACACAGGGAACAUUAGAGAUACUGUAUCCAGACAGUCAUCUGUCCGCCGAGGACUUUAACAUCUACGGUCAUGGAGGACGGCACUUCUGGUUAGCCAGUUCCUGCUUCUUCUUCUUGGUUUACUCUCUGAUUGUUGUCCUUCCUAAAACCCCAGUGAGAGAAAGGAUAUCACUGCCAUCCAAGAGGAGUUUCUACGUGUACGCAGCUAUCCUGUCUUUGCUGAACUUUGUUCAGGGUUUGGGCAGCGCUCUGCUGUGUGCUGGGAUUAUAGAAGGACUUUGCUGCGUGGAUGUCACCACCUUCCUGUAUUUUUCUGCCUUUGCUCCGCUCAUUUAUAUCACAUUCCUCAAAGGAUUCUUUGGUUCGGAGCCAAAGAUCCUGUUCUCCUACAAAUCACAUGUGGAUGAACCAGAUGAAAGCGAUGUCCACCUUCCUCCAACCAUCGCCGCAACCCUCGGCCGCAAGGACUUGACCGACCAGGGCCUGUACUACUCUUCCACCCAGAUCGAUGGAGCCGGUCCCGGCAGCUCUCGCGUGGUCGGAGCGUACCUGGACGACGUCGCGUCGGGACCGUAUGGGUCAAACAGCAUCGAAGCCGAUCGUUGGAGACCUAUCAAUGUGUGAAAGGAUUCACAGCUACACGUUGUGUUGGAUGAAAAGAGUUUGGCAGGACGGAGAUCAGAGAUGUGUUGCUGAGCCAGUUGCCUGGACAACAAGAAACUAUGAUCUUGGCCUUUCUUUGAUGCCAGGGUGGUUGAAACAAAUGGACACUUAAACAGAGACUGUUUUGUGAAGGACGCUUGAUUUGUGACACUGUUGCCGGAGUGCUCUGCUGCUGUUGCCGCACGCCGAGGUUGCUCUCUCUAUUGAUUCUGCUCCACGGGCCCUUCGAUGUUAGUGCUUAUCAAUUUGUCUCAGCGCAUUUAUUCUAACUCCAGCACUAAAUAUCAACACCUCUGUUCUUAUUUAUCCAGUUUAAAGCCAGUUUUAGAUGCCCGAUUUUGCUAAAUCUGACGCGUGAUUUAGUAAUGCGACACUUGACGUUUUUGCCGAAAGGUCUGAGGCCCAAUAUGAAGGAGUUAAUGUGCUGUUUUGUACUGUUAAGAGUUCUAGCUGAGAUAGUCAGUCGUGUUUUUGAGCACAAGCAUUUAGUUGUGGGUUGGUCAUCCAAUAUAUUUGCUUUCUUAAAAAACAAUAAACCACGUAGCAACUCCUAAACACAAGCAUUAAAAGCAUCUGCGACACAGGAACAAUCCCGAAAAGAAAUUCCAUUUCCCUGAAAAUCUUUGUAUUCUUUGAUUGUGUUUAUACUUUAUCAUUUCUGCCUUUGCUUUAUAAUUUUUAUACAAAGAAAAUAAGAAAAAAAACAUUCCUGCCUCUUCAUAGACACCUGUGGGCUCUGUAGAUGCCGUAAGAAACUCAUUAUGUGUGAUCUAAAUAGCAAGCCUGCUUCUCAUAUGUUCUUCCUUUCAUUUUCUUUGCAGAACUUGUAGUAUUGUGUUUUUGAACAAGAGGCUACUAGUGCAGUUUAUUUGGUGUGUUAAUUCAGGACCAGCUGUUGUGAGAGCAGAAACGAUGUUGCUCAGUCUUAACGUAUUUAAGAUAGUGUUAAAAAAAAAAAGUCUUGUGAUAUAAUUAGAGCUUUUGAUUUCCAGUGAGCAAAGAGAAAUUAUAACACAGGGAAUCUGAGGAACUUUCCUUUUUAAGAACAAAAAAAAAAUAGUUCAGUUCCUUGCGCAUUUAUUUAAAAGAAAGUCUUAUACCUUUUUGUAUGUAUUCAAAUCACAUCAUAUACAUACCAGCUGUGGAAUAUAAUUCAAAAUUUCCCCCCAAAAUGCAGCGUUUCCUAUGGAUGACUUGCAUAUUUAACUUUUUAGUUUUAUUUGGUUGUGAUUUGUGUCCCGAAAGUAUUAGGUUACUUUAAAAAAAUAAAUAAAUAAAAAUACAUAAAGUAAGAACACAGUGCAGGAAGUAUGUUUUUGAAAGUAUUUGUUUGACUUUGAAAUACAUGAUGUACAAUUACAAUUGCUGCUGAAUGACGUUGACGAGCUUGGGAGAAAAGUUUUUUUUUUUUUUUCUUGACUUUAAACAGUGCAUUGCCAAGAAACAAUAUUCUUUUCAGACACCAAAUCUUUCAUAGUGAAGUUUUGCAGGUGGUGCUUUAAUUACAAUGUGUUGGCCAUUCCAUGUGCUGCAAAAUAAACUCUGGACUUUUUCCUCUA